AUGGUUCUGAGCAAAGAACAUAGGUUUUUAAAGUUGGUUUACCUGUUCUUUCUCGUGAUAACCGAUGUUAUUGUCCUGGUGUCUAUGUUGACCAUGCAUUGGCUGGAAGGAACAAAAUUCAGAAGAGGUCUAUGGUCUAUAUGCAUUGAGAAGAGAAGAGGGGCUAAGGCUUGUUUCAACACUCAUAAUGAAACAUGGACAUUAGUUUGUGGUACUCUCUGCUGUUUCACUUUCAUCUUCAUAUCGAUCACAGUCUUCGUCUCAAUUUACCACAUUGCCACAUUUAAGAACAAAAUAAAGAGGAAGGCCUCCAUGAUCAGCAUAUUGGUUCUCAUCUUGUCAGCCAUUUUCACCUUGUUAUCUUGCCUAGUUGCCUUCCCUGUGUUAUUCAUCCAACAUCAGAUGGAAAACUACAACGUCAGGUUUCAAGUACUCAAGUUCAACAUUUCCUGGUCUUAUGGGCUGGGUUGGGCUGCAUUCAUAUUUCUGAUUGGAACAUUUGUUUUGAUCUUGCUGGACCCCACAACUUAUUUCAGUGACAUUCGAACGACCAGAAAGAUGUCGCUAUCGUCUAUAAAUGCAGAUGAUAUUGUUUCUAUAUCGGACAGCAGACAAAAUAAAGCACUGCAAAAAGAAUUGAAAAAGUGCAAAGUAAAACGGGACGUCACUAAGAUUUUGCUCUUCUACCCCUUGUCACAGUGUCAAAUAUUUGACUUCUUCCCCCGAUCAAAGCAUUACAUUCAUAUCACAUAA